GAUCCUCUCUAGUCCUCUUCUGGGAGGUAGAGUCUGUAGGUAGUGGAGACCCUGGCCCAGUGCUCUUUGUGCGGGCCAUGAAAAUCAACAGUGCCCCUAAACCCAUGAAAGUCAACAACCACACCAAGAAGCUCUCCACAACCUCAAACCCCUCCAUGGUCAGUUCAUUCAUCCUAGCUAGUGCAAUGGAGUCAAGAGAUUUGGAAAAUAUCAAGAAUUGA